AUGGCUUCCCUCGCCUCUGCUUGCCGCCUGUCUGCCAGGCUGGCGCGGUCCAAAUUGCCUCACGAGGCGGCUGCUCGGGGCUUCCGGACGUCAGCUUCCUCCCUCGCCGCCCAAAACUUCACCAUGCCCGCACUCUCCCCCACCAUGACCGAGGGCAACAUCGCGACCUGGAAGGUCAAGGACGGCGACAAGUUCUCCGCCGGUGACGUCCUUCUGGAGAUCGAGACCGAUAAGGCGACAAUGGACGUGGAGGCCCAGGAUGACGGUAUCAUGAUGAAGGUCCUCACAGGCGACGGCGCCAGGGGCGUGCAGGUCGGAACGCGGAUCGCCGUCAUCGCCGAGGAGGGAGACGACAUCAGCUCGCUGGAGAUCCCCGCCGAUGAGGGCCCGAAGCAAGCAUCUGCCCCCAAAGCACCAGAGAAGAGUUCUCAACCAGAGCCGGUACCACAGGAGGAGCGGAGCGCAUCAGAGCCUGCCACACAUGGCGCCAGAGGGAGCGGGAAGGCCCAGAAGCAGACCUACCCUCUGUUUCCCUCGAUCAUCCAGCUGCUCCACGAGAACGGAAUCGACGAGUCCAAGGUCCAUGAGAUCCCUGCGACAGGGCCCAAGGGCCGUCUGGUGAAGGGCGACGUUCUGGUCUAUCUUGGCAAGGCGAAGGCCAACUCGGCCUCUGACGUAGAAGAGCGGUACAACAAGCUGGCACACCUGGAUCUCAGCAAUAUCAAGGUGGCCGCGAAGAAAGCAGAGAAGAAGAGCGCAGAGGAGAAGCCAGCCAAGCCGGCUGCGCCCGUGUUGGAGGACCUGCAGGUCACUCUACCCAUCUCCCUGGCGCAGGUCAUCGAGGUGCAGAGCAAGGUGCAGGACACCCUUGGCGCGUUCCUCCCACUAUCGGCAUUCAUCGCGCGCGCCACCGAGGUCGCCAACGACGAGUUGCCCCUGGCGGCCGAUUACAAGCCUUCCGCGGACGAGCUGUUCAACCAAGUGCUGGGUCUGGACACCGUGAGCCCCCAGGGCUCCAAGGGACACUACCUCCCACAGAUCUCUGCGCUUCCACCGCCGCCAUCGCUCUCGCAGAAGAGCUUCACCGCAGCCAAGCCCGACAUAUAUGAUAUUCUCACGGGAGGCUCCGCCAGCAAGAAGGCGCCCACCCCGUCCAGCAGGCCGGCGGGCCUCUCUACGGGGCUGAACGUAUUCUCCCUCAAGGUGCCCAAGACCGAGGAGCAGAGGGCAAAGGUGUUCCUUGAGAGGGUCAAGAUGGUCCUGGAGAAUGAGCCUGGCCGGUUGGUACUUUGA